AUGGUCGACCUCAUUCUCCCGCGGAGGGCGGCUCGCACACCCAGCAGUCCCCAGAAAUCGGCGUCCACACACAAGACAGAAGCAUCCGCCGCUGCCCGACAACGGAUACAGCCCCCUUCUCAGGAUAACAUUACGGAAAAGAUCUCCAAGACCAUCAAAGGCGCCAACGACCUGCUCCUGUACUGGAAGGAUGGUUUGAGCGCCGACGAGAGAGCGCUGCUGCGCAAAAGGGAAGAACGCAAGCAAGUCCUGACAUUACGAAUGAAAAGUGCCGAAACAUUACAGCACUGGCAGAAUGCCGCUGAGGAACUCGAUCUCCUCGAGGGCAAUGACGAGUGGAAGCGAGACUUCUCCGACGGCGACUACAACCCGUGCCUCAUCGAGGAGCGCCUGACCGCGCUUGAGGAGGCCCGCUCCAACGGUGACCUCCUCACCAUGAUGCACCUGAUCCGCACCGAGCUGUCGCGGGAUCUCGGUGGCAUGGGCAAUGUUGACCUCUACCGCCACUCGUACCUCGGCACCAAGCGGCUGAUUGAGCGCUACGUCGACUCGGCGCUGCGGACGAUUGACGCCGUCGUCAUCCACGGCGGCGUUGGCGGCCCCGCCGCGCCUCCGCCGCGCGACCUGCUCGAGGGCAUGUUGCUGGCGCGGCAGAGCUUCGGCCGCAGCGCGCUGCUGCUCUCGGGCGGCGGCACCUUUGGCAUGUCGCACAUUGGCGUGCUCAAGACGCUCUUCGAGGCGCGCCUGCUGCCACGCAUCAUCUCCGGCGCGAGUGCGGGCAGCAUCGUCUGCGCCGUGCUCUGCACCCGCACCGACGAGGAGAUCCCCGCGCUACUACGUGACUUUCCCCACGGCGACCUGGCCGUCUUUGGCGACGCCGAGGAGAGCCGCGGCGGCGCCCCUGGCGCGCUCGCGCAUAUCCGAAGACUGCUCACCGAGGGCAGUUGGUCGGACACGAAGCACCUCACGCGCGUGGUCCGCUCCAUGACGGGCGACAUGACCUUCCAGGAGGCGUACAACCGCACGCGCCGCAUCCUCAACAUCUGCGUCUCGACCGAGUCCGUGUACGAGCUGCCGCGGCUGCUCAACUACGUAACCGCGCCCAACGUCAUGAUCUGGUCCGCCGUGACGGCGUCGUGCUCGCUGCCCUUUGUGUUCCGCUCGUCGCCGCUGCUCGUCAAGGACCCCGUCACCGGCGCACACCGACGCUGGAACCCGUCGCCGCAGCACUUCAUCGACGGCUCCGUCGACAACGACCUCCCCAUGACGCGGCUCGCCGAGAUGUUCAACGUCAACCACUUCAUCGUGUCGCAGGUCAACCCGCACGUCGUGCCAUUCCUCGCCAAGGACGACCACCUGUCGCCCGAGGACAAGCAGCUGCGCAAGGCGAGGCAGCGGGGUGGUGCCGCGUCGUCCGCGGCCGCGCUCCCCAACGAGUCGGACUUGCUCAACACGUUCACGACACUGGCGCGCGACGAGGCUCUGCACCGCCUCCAGUUCAUGGCCGAGAUGGGCGUCUUCCCCAACCUCAUGACCAAGUGCCAGAGCAUCCUCAGCCAAAAGUACUCGGGCGACAUCACCAUCCUGCCCGAGAUCGGGCUCGGUGAGCUGCCCGGCCUGCUGAGUAACCCGAGCGCCGAAUUCAUGCUGCGCUCCAGCAUCGCCGGCGAGCGGGCCACCUGGCCCAAGCUGAGCCGCAUACGGGACCGCUGCGCGAUAGAGCUCGCGCUCGACAACGCCGUGCACCGCCUGCGCACCAGGGUCGUCUUCUCCGAGAGCCAGGGCGACCUGCGCAAGCUCGGCGCCGACACGGCGGUGGGGACGACGACGCCCAUCGCCGCCACGGGUGGGAGCGAUACGCCCGCGGGAGGCGGCGUGCAGCAGCAACAUCGACGUCGUUCCGGUGGGUGCCUGCGCAGCCUCGGUGGCGAUCACCGCUCCAGCACGUUUCCGCCGAUCGUCGCGGGCGGCGACGUCACCGACGACGACACCCUCGAGGAGGAGCGCCUCGAGAUGCGCUCGCGUCGAAGCCGCGGCAGCUCCCCCGCCACGGCGCGCGUCAAGCCGCGCCUGCACCGGGCCAGCAAGAGCCAGAUGCACAUCACCCGGCCCAGCACCGGCCUCUCCGCCACCCCGUCCUUGAGGGGCAACAGCAACCCCUUUGCCGAGUUUGACUUUUCCAAGCCCCUCGCGCUGCCCAGCGACGCGGCGCAGCCCAAGGCAGACUCCGCAGCGGCGGCGAUGACGCCGUACGUCAACUCGUCCGAGGAGGACGAGCCGGAGCCGGAGCCGCCGCGCAGCUCCUGGCUGCCCCAGCGUCCGGCGCAGCAGCAGCAGCAGCCGAUUGAGGACGUGGAGACGAGCGAGCAGGGUCAUUCGAGCGAUGCGGACAUUGAUCAGGCCAGCGAGGAGAGUGAUCCAGAUCCGUACGACAGCAAGUGGGAGUCGCCGCCGCCCGAGUACUGCGAGGCGGUCAAGGACGAUAGCAUGUUUGGUCCGGGGGGUCGUGUCGGGGAUGGAGCAUGGGAGUAG